GAAUGAGGGGCAGUGGGAAAGGGCCUUGGGGAACUGGAAGAACACUGUCCCAGGCUCUGACCUUCCUCUGGGUCAGGGAAUGAGAGGGUUUGGCACUGGAGGAGGUGCUCAGAGACAACAGAGGUGGGGGGUGGGGAGACUUCGUGCCAACCCCAGCCACACCCAGGGCCUAUCCUUCCUUCCAGAAACCACCCUGUGACCCCUCAACAUAAGGCACCCCUCCCAGCUCUUCCCAGCUCCAUGCUGACCUUUCUGGAAUGGGGGAUAUUGCCCAGUGCCGCCUCCCUCCCCAAGAGCAGCCUGCUAUCUGGCCCUGAAUGAGGGUUCUCCUGAGGUCACCCCAGGAGCCAAUCCCAGAGCCUUAAGGAAGGAGAGAGGAGUGUGGUGGGGCUCAGUGGGGGCCCCCAGAUCCUGAGGCUCCCCAGCCCCAACCCCAGCACUGAGGCCCCCUCCCUCCAUCACUGAAGAAGAGGCAGUAGGAGUUAUAGCCGCCUCCUCCCCCCUCCCUGCUGCUGCUGCUGCCUCCUCGGCUGAGCCGGCAGGUUGUCUUGGCAACGGGAGGCGGAGAGGAGAUGCGCCGAGGGAUGGAGGUGUGUGUCACCGAGGAAGCGGCUGAGCUCCUGCCCCACGCCCCGGGCCCUUGAAGGCCCUGCACUCGGCCAGCAGCCUGGAGAGUCACCGAGGGAUGAGGACGCCACAGCCCGGGGGAGCGCCUUUUCUGCUCUCGCGUCCCCAGCGCGCAGCGCCCAGGAGCCAGGCAGAGCCUGACGCCCUGUCAUCUCCCUUGCGCACAGGACUCUGCCAGUGAUCCAGCAGGCCAGCUCCCUGCUGCAUGGAGCGGCUGCAGAAGGCGAAGAUGGACAAUCAGGUACUGGGCUACAAGGACUUGGCCGCCAUCCCCAAGGACAAGGCCAUCCUGGACAUCGAGAGGCCCGACCUCAUGAUCUACGAGCCCCACUUUACCUAUUCUCUCCUGGAACAUGUGGAGCUGCCCAGAAGCCGGGAGGUGUGGGCGGAGAGCCGGUCCCCUGGAACCUUCCCUCAGGCUUCAGCCCCAAGAACCACUGGAACCCCCCGGACCAGCCUACCCCAUUUCCACCAUCCUGAGACCACCCGCCCAGAUUCCAACAUCUACAAGAAGCCACCCAUCUACAAGCAGAGAGAGCCCACGGGAGGCAGCCCUCAGAGCAAGCACCUCAUUGAGGACCUCAUCAUCGAGUCGUCCAAGUUCCCUGCCGCCCAGCCUCCUGAUCCCAACCAGCCAGCCAAGAUUGAAACCGACUACUGGCCGUGCCCCCCGUCGCUGGCCGUUGUGGAGACAGAGUGGAGGAAGCGGAAGGCGUCGAGGAGGGGGGCAGAGGAGGAGGAGGAGGAAGAGGAUGACGACUCGGGGGAGGAGAUGAAGGCGCUCAGGGAACGUCAGAGAGAGGAACUCAGUAAGGUUACUUCCAACUUGGGAAAGAUGAUCUUGAAAGAAGAGAUGGAAAAGUCAUUGCCUAUCCGGAGGAAAACCCGCUCGCUGCCUGACCGGACACCCUUCCAUACCUCCCUGCAGGCAGGAACAUCUAAGUCUUCUUCCCUCCCCGCCUACGGCAGGACCACCCUGAGUCGGCUACAGUCCACAGACUUCAGUCCAUCUGGCAGUGAGACGGAAAGCCCAGGCCUGCAGAACGGAGAGGGUCAGAGGGGGAGGAUGGACCGGGGGACCUCCCUGCCCUGUGUGCUGGAGCAGAAGAUCUAUCCUUAUGAAAUGCUGGUGGUGACCAACAAGGGGCGAACCAAGCUGCCUCCGGGUGUGGAUCGGAUGAGGCUGGAGAGGCAUCUGUCAGCAGAGGACUUCUCCAGGGUAUUUUCCAUGUCUCCCGAAGAGUUUGGCAAGCUGGCUCUGUGGAAGCGAAAUGAACUCAAGAAAAAAGCCUCUCUCUUCUGACGACCCCCACCCACUCUGGAACUGACCCUCACCCCUGCUGCAUCAGGGUUCUGCAGCUGGGGUCCCUAGACCCCAAAGCAUCAGCUCUGGGCAGCAGGGAGGUGGGGUGAGGGUGGGGUUGGCUCUGAUGCCCAGGUUGAGGGGGAGCAAGACCUCUGCAGUGUUGGGACUCUCUUCCCCAUAAUGCUCUGGGGGGGUUCCCCUUCUCACAUCCCAGGUCCUCAUUGCACUGGACAAACCCAGUCUGGACUCCAGCACACACAGAGUUAAUGUCAGCACCCUCUCCGUGCCCCACCCCCACCCCCCCCCACCACCUCCAGGUCCCCCGAAGAGAGUGAUGAGAAAUGAACCUGCACUUAGUGGUCAGGCCUGUGUGCUAUCCUGACCAAUGGAUGGGGGGAUCCUCGGGCCUGGCAGGAAGGCAGAGAAGCCCCAGGACCCUGUGUGCACCCAAGCACUCCUCAGCAGCUGACCUCAGACAGGUCCCCUGCACCUGGGCCUCCCGCCCCUCUGACUCCAGCAGGAGCAGCGCUCAGCCUCCAGCAGGGAGGCCACCCUUUCCUCUUCCUUGCGACCCCCCAAGCCUUGAAGCCUCUUGCUCCAGCCCCGUGGCUUCCCCAGAAGCCUUGGCUUAGAGUGGAGAUGUCGCCUAUACAGAACCCCAGCCCACCAGCAGCCUCCAGGCCAAGUCAUCGAGAAUGCUACCUUCUAAGGACCCGGGCCCUGCACAGAACCCAGGCCUUUGGGCUCCCUUGAAUGGGAUCAACAGCUGGGCUGUGUUCUGACCCCGGGUCUUGCCCAGGCCCGUGCAUCUCCCACCACGCUCUUGAAAGAAUGUAAUUUCUUGGGGCACCCCAGCUGCUUCCCCCACCUCACUCUCUACCCUACCUUUACCACGCUCUCAGCUUUUCUUCUCUGCAAAUACAUACGUGUAUAUAAUUAUAUAUAUUUUUGCCAGGGUCAGGGUUUCGUUCCUGCCCAGACCCUGAUGUCCCUUUCCAGGGUGGGUACGUGAUAAUACUGGGGAAGGGGGAACUACGCUUGAAAUUAAAGGUUGCACUGGGGCCCCAAA